ACUAAACAUUACAUUUGAAUAGGCUUUAUUUUACACUCGACACAUUCAUACUUACACAUUCCCACAUGUACAGUUUUCACCAUGGACCGCGACUUCAACCCGCUGCAGCCCUUCAAGCUUCCCCGAUUUUGCUACGAGCUCACAGCCCGGCGCCGCGCUGUGGACGAGUUCCUGUGGCAGCACGCCGGCAACCUGAUCAAAUCUAAAUCUAAAUCCGCUGUAACCGCCAACCGACAAACCGUCACGCGUCAACGGUUAAUCGGCGUGAGUGGCACGACGGCCGCCGUAGAGGCCACCGCUGCGGCGGGCGUGGAGCCGGCCUCGCCGCCGGCCGCGCCGGUGUCAACGGCGGGCUUGGGGGGCAUCGUGGGCCCGGCGGUCCUGCCCGCGGGGUGGAGCAGCGACGGUGGUGUGGGUGAUGAGGGCCUGGCGGGCGGCGUCGGGCAGGGGCUGCUGGGGGAUGCGGAGACAGCGCCGGAUGCCAACGCGAAGCUGCUGUGUCAGGGCCGGCGGGGCGGUCCUGGCGACUUCAUGGACGUUAAGACGCACGUUCUUGACUCGGACAUCGACCUUGUCACGGCGGACCUGGCGGCAGCCGCUCAGCGGCUGCAUGCACGCGAGUGGACUGCGUGGUGGGCGCCGGCCCAGAAGCCGGAGGGCCGUCGUGUUACUGGCGGUACGGCAAUCCUCAUUCGGUCGAGCCUCCUGCAGCAAGGCGCCAUGGUGCUCGCUGGCGGCGCAGCUGCCGUGUCGGUGGCGGCUGGCGCGUGGGCGGGCCGCGGUGUUAGUUUGCAGUUGCAGUGGGGUGGCCACACCUUCACGCUGACGUCAGCCUACUUUCCCCUGGCAUCCACAGCGCAGCAGGCUUUCAUUCAUGUGGCGCUGGACACCGUCACUGGCCGGGCGCGCAGCGACGGACCCGCAGCCGCCGCGCUGGCGGCGGCGUGCCCUGGCCUCAUUGACGUGUUACGGCGGCGCCACCCGGCUCGCCGCGUGUGUACCUUCUUCCACCCCCACGGGGCGAGUCGGCUGGACCGCAUUCUGUGCAGUGGCGGCCUCGAACCGCAGGUCCUGGAGUGCGGCGUCGCCGCCGGGGUGCCCUCCGAUCAUAUGCUUGUGACGGUUGCCCUUGCGGCGUCGCCUGAAGCCGCGCCACCCGCUCGGAGCCUGCCCAGGGCCCACCUCGGUUUCCGGGACUUCAAAGACUUGGAUCGUGACUACCGUGCCUGGCUGGGUACGGCCCUGGCGGCACGCCCUACUGAUCCUGUUGAGCUGCUGGAGUGGUGGCCGGCCCUUAAACGGGCUGCCGCCACGUCCGCCAACCGCCUGAGCCGGGAAGCUGUUACGAGGCGUGUGGCCGCCAGCCAGCGGGAGGCGGCCGCGCUUGAUGCGGCGGCAGCAGCUGCCGCCGCGGUGGAGGCUGGCGGUGAUGUGCAGGUGGCGGCGCAGGCGGCCGUGCGGGCGCGGUGCACGGCGGCGGAGGCCGCCGUGGCCGCGGCCGCCGGCGCGGCGCGACGUACGCGCCACGCGUGGCUGCGUGGCGGCGAGAAGCCCUGCCCUCUCCUCACGCGCAUGCUGCGGCCGGCGGGUGGGCCGCGCGUGAUUGCCAAGUUGAAACAGCCCAAUGGCACCACUACAUCCGACCCCACGGUCAUGGGGCAGGUGAUGGCGCGGUACUGGAGGGACGUCAGUGCCGCGCCGCCACCCGCUCCGGAUGCCCGCACGCAAGUCCUGGAUGCGCUGCAACAGCACGGGCGCCGGUGUACAGCCGAAGAGGCGGAUCAGCUGGGGCGGGUUGCGGUCUCGGCGGCGGAGACCCUGAGCAAACUGCGUUUCUGACGGACCGUCGCAUUGCCGAUAACGUCCUCUUGCUCCAACUUACUCCUGGCCUGUUGAAAGCCGCCAAAAAGGCCCCGGCUGUGGCGGCCUUCCUCGACUUUUACAAGGCGUAUGAUACGGUGGACCGCUCUUUUCUGCUCGCGUGUCUGGAGCGCAUGGGCGUGGGGGCGGGCUUUCUUACGUGGGUGUCCCGCCUGUUAACUGAUACACGUGGGGCGGCGUUGGUGAAUGGACGUGUGUCAGGAUGGGUGCCGUUGAUGGCGGGCGUGCGGCAGGGCUGCCCGUUGGCUCCGUUGCUCUACCUCGCUGUGGCACAAGCCCUUCUGUCAUGGCUACGCAGCCGGGGGCAUGGUGUGCUCGCUAACCUUGCGUCGGUGCUGGCGUCCCAGUAUGCAGAUGAUUGCACGCCGUUUCUGGAGGGGUUUCAGGCGGUGCCGGGGUUCCUGGCGGACAUGGAUGUGUUUCGGCGGGCGUCUGGACAACGGUUAAAUAUGACUAAAGUUGAACUGAUGGUGAUGGGGACGGUCGGCGGUGCUGGCGCCCUGCCGGCCGGCAUGGCUGGCCCGCCCCUGCCCCCUGGCUGGCGUGUGGUGCCGGCGGCCAAGUCACUAGGGGUGCAUUACGGGGAUUGGGGCGCAUGCUCCCCACCAGUUACGUUUGAGGCCGUGAUGGGGGUGCUGAGCAAAAUCGCGCGCAUGCCCGUGUCCAUGUUUGGUCGGGCGGCCGCGGCGUCGGCUUAUGCUUUGGGCAAGGUCCUGUAUCAUUUGGAAUUUGCGGGUCUUCCCCCACUGUACGUUGUGGACCGGCUGCUAGCCAGGGUGGCGGCGGUGGUGGAUCGGCGACUGUCGCCGGCCCAGUUUGAUGCCAGCCCACAUGCACGCCCGGUUGGCCUCUCCAUUGACCUUAUGCAACUGCCUCCGGCGGUGGGGGGGCGGGCCUGUUGCCGCUGGUGCCGCAUGUGAAAGCGCGGCAAGCCGGUCUCGCGGUCCGGUGUGUGUUGGGUGUGUGUGGUCUGCUGCCGUACGUGCCCCCGUGGACCCGGGUCGCAGCGGCGUGGCUGCGCCAGGUGCACCCGGCGGCAACGCCCCUGCGUUUCUUGGUGCGGGGGGCCGCGGACCGUGUGCUGAAUAAGCCGCUCACCCCGGCGGGCAAGCCGUUUGCGCGCCUGCUGAAAGCCAUGACUGCAUUGCCCGCGGUGACUCUUGUGGCGCCGCCCGAGCCGGGCGCGUGGGUGAGUCAUGUGCCGUUGUGGGCUAACCCGGCGCUGUGUGUGGACGGCCGCACGUGGGAAUUGGCUUUCGCGGAUUUGUUCGCUCUGCCGGGACUGGCGUGUGUGGGCCAGCUGGUUGCAGCGCAUGACGGCCUGAACGAACUGCGGCAGGCAUUGACAAGCCCUUGGGCGGAGGGCUCCCGGUCUGGUGAAGCGUGUGUGGAUAUGUAUGUGACUGCUGUGUGGAGGCGGGUGCUGCACUGGAGCACGCGGGCACGCCUGCCGUCGCCCCUGCCGGGGCCGGCGUCGCCUCAAGAGGCGGCCGACCGGUUUGCGGCGGCGGUGGCCCUUCUUCCCGCUGGCUGGGCUGCCGCCGCGCGUGCGGCCCAGCUGGCUCGGGGGCCUGCCGCCGCGCUGCCGCUCCCGGUGGCCGACGUCGUGAGUGCUACGGCGGAGUCGGUGCAACGGGUGGUGCGGGGACUUGGAUGGUUGCAGUGCGGGGGGCCGCCCAUCCUGCUCACUGCCUACACGGUGAAGGCGGGGACCGUGCUACAAAUGGCUCCACAGUUAGCCGCCCUGAAGGCUAAGCAUUUGCAGUAUGUGUGCGAUGCGGGUGUGUCGGGGGUGGGGGCUGCCCUGGCGGCGGGGGCCUUCGUGUGCACCUUGGCCCGCUUGUGGUCGCUGAAAUGGGAGAAUCAUCAUAAGGAAGCACUGUGGCGUGUGGCCGCCAACGCUUGCUGGGCGUUUCCACGGCAUGCUAGCGAGCGGGCGCGAGGCGUUACUGUUGACCCGUGUUGGGCGUGUGGGGUGGACAUGCAGGAUGGGGACCGGCGUCACUGGUUUUGGGACUGCACUGUUGCGCUGUCACUGCGGGAAAGUAUGGGGAUGGCUAUGGGUUUCCUGCCGGAGGAGGCUCUAAGUGCCUUCUCUCGUGAGGAGUUGUGGUUAGUGCGCCCGCCUGCGGGGCUUGCGCCACCUGUGUGGGAUGUGGUGUGUCUCGCUGCUAUGUCUGCCCUGGACUUUGGUCGGCAGCGUGUGGUUAUGGCCGGGUUGGCGGCGCGAGCGAAGCUGCCGUCGGCCCGGGUGCUGAGCAUUGGACUUGCCGUCGUAGCUGACUUCUGGGGUCGUCUCCAGACGUUUGUGACUUUGGGUAUCAGGCCAAAGGGUUGGGACGCUGUGCCGUUUGCGCAUCCCUUCAUAUCUCGGGCUGUUGGUGACGGCAUGGUUUUGCGCUUGCCGUAUGACGCUGAUUCCCCGCCCCCCUCGCCGUGAGAGGUUGUGCGUGGUUGGUGGCUCUGUGUGUGGGCAGGAUGCACGUGUGGGCGACCGUUCUAGUACCUGGACGCUUGCGCCCUGGUUAGUGCGUGCGCUGUGCGUGUGUCCUGCGGCCUAGACGUUUCCCGGCACUCCUGUGCCUAGGCUUGUGGCGUUGAGGCACAGCGGUGGGGCUCUGGCGGGUUGAGGCUUGGCUCGGACUCACUGUGCGCGGAGUCACACGGACUUUGCCCGCGGGAGGGUUUGCAGCAAAGUCGGGGUUGGGCCCUGAUAGCAUGUGAUGGCUCGGCGUCUUCGGGAGCUGGGACUGUCCCCUCUGUAACAUCCGCAUCCA